AUGCAGAACCGCACUUUCCCUUCUUCCGGGUUCUCCAGUGGCACACAGACCAACAACAGCAAGAAGCUCAACCAACGUCACCACCACCCCGCCGCUCACAAGCCGCAGCCAGCAGCGAGCCUGUUUGGAGGCGGCUACGCGACCAACCCGCAGUACAUGUGGCGAUCGGCCGCCGGAUCACACCAGCUGGCACCCAACUCCAAGCGACGCUCCAUGGACGCCAAGGAGGCGUUCGGACUCGACGGCAGCCUGCCCUCGCAACCCGUGGUGCCGCCGCUCGGCGGUGCCAUCAACAAUAACAUCAACAUCAGCAUCAACAACACCAACAACGUUGGGCCCGGCACCGGACGACGCAGCAGCCUGCCGGGCGUGAUGCCUUCAUCGACGGGCGGGCUGGGUGCCUACCCCCUGCCAAUCUCCCCGCUGUCCGCCGGUGGCGGGGCUGGGGCCACCGCCACCAGCGCCGCGGCCAAAAAGAAGAAGAGCGGCAUCAGCGGCAAGCUGCAGCAUACGCCCGAGCAGAAGGAGGCGGGCAAGGGCCGGUGGAUCGUGGUGAUGUCGCGGUGCAUCGUGCUGUUCUUCUUCACGUUCUGCCUCGGGCUGAGCAUGGCCGAGGAGCGCUUCGGGGUGCUCUCGCGCCUGGGAUGCGUGUUCGCCCCGGAGAGCAACGCCGCGAGCCUGCGGCAGAUGGACAAGUACAUCCUGGCCGUCGUGGUGAGCUUCGGCAUGAGCUUCGUGAUCGACUUCCUCGGCGCCCUGUACAGCGUGUCGCGCGAGAAGCGCCUGCUCUACACGCUCUCGUCGUCGGUCCACCUCCUCGGCGGCACCACCAAGGUGCUGCUCUACCUGCGCGCCCUCCCCGUGCUGGUCGACUUUGCCGGCCGCCCGCUCUACAUGGUUCACUACCUCCAGUGGUCGUGCACGACCCCGAUGCUGAUCCUGCUGAUCGGCCGUCUGUCGCUGGCGUCGCGGAAGAAGCUGCUGCUGGUGAUGGUGCUCGACGUGCUGACGAUGGUCACGGGCUUCUUCUCCUCGUUCUGCUUCAACGUCGUGUUCGUCCUCUUCUGGGGCACGCUCUCCUUCGUCUUCUUCUUCAUGGUGCUCUACGGCGUGCACCACUUCAUCCAGCUGGCCAUCGCCCACUACCCCUCCAAGGAGCGCUCCUUCAACGGCCUCUUUGCCGUCACCGCCACCUGCUGGUCCGUGUUUCCGAUCAUCUGGCUGCUGGGCGCGUUCGACCUGGUCAAUCCCGACAUCGAGCUCUACGCCUAUCUCACCAUCGACGUGUCGGUCAAGGUCGUCUUCUCCGUGUUCCUGCGGCAGAUCACCCUGUCGUCCAUCGAACACCGUGAGGUGCAGGAGUACGAGAAGUUCAAGGAGGCCAAGGAGCAGGCCGAAUCCCUGGCCGAGUUGCACCGACAGUUCCUAUCGAACAUGAGCCACGAGAUUCGCACUCCUCUCAAGUACGUCUUCUUCUCCGCGUUCCUGUUGUCGAGCGCGUUCCCAUCGGGCCAAUUGCGGUUGCAACCGGGAUGCAUUAAGGCUUACCCUCAUUGGCUCUAUGUCCGCAGCUCCGUCAUCGGGUUCAGCG